AUGAAGGGUUAAGGCACGAGAAAGGGUGAAGCCUUGUCUAAACUUUAGGCUUCACCAUAUCAUCCUGUGAGAGAAAGUGAAGCAGCGAACAAACAAGACCAGUGCGGGCUCGGAUGGCGGCUGGGCAGGCCAACUCCAUAGCUUUCCUUACCAAGUUGCUUUCUCAGGUUAAUUAAUUAACCUUUGUUUCUUUACUUAGCAAGACAAGAUGGGGGGCUGCACAGCCUCGAAGCUCCAUAACGAGGACACAGUACGGCGGUGCAAGGAGCGCCGCCGCCUGAUGAAGGAGGCCGUCUAUGCUCGUCACCACCUCGCUUCCGCUCAUUCGGAUUACUGCCGCUCACUUCGCCUCACCGGUUCCGCCCUCACGACUUUUGCCUCCGGAGAAUCUCUCACCGUCUCCGACCAGGCCCCAGCUGUUGUUCUCCGCACUCCCUCUGUUCGAAUCCCUCCUCCCGUUAAGAUCCACCCACCGUCUCCCUCCUUUCGGCCGCCUUCUCCUACCAUCGCCUCCGCCCCAUCCAUAUCCUCCCAGCGCCAGCACCACCCACACCCGCGAAAGCCCGUCAAACUCCCUCACAUCCUUUCAGAGUCAAGCCUCGCCUCCACCCCCAAAGCUCACAAUCUUUUCGAGAAAGACAACUACACGUACAACGCCAAACCCAAUUCAACCUGUCCCCCUACUCCUUCCCAAGCUUCCUCCUCCGUCUGGAACUGGGAAUAUUUCUAUCCUCCUUCACCCCCAGGCUCCGACUACUUCGAACAGCUUCAGAAAAACAGCGCCCCCACUCACAGAAAUUCGCUCGACAACUAUGACGAUGGUUUUGAUGCCGAUGGGUCAUCUUGUUAUUCUCAUUACUCUCACACAGUUUCUAGCGACAAGGACAACCUGACCGCUAAACGAUGCCCUCUCUUCCACAACCAGAGCGGCCACCAUGAGAAGGCCUCCAACUAUUUCUCACACUCACACAAGUUGGAUGUGAAAUCGCGGACCCAAAACCAUGCUCAGUGUAGAGAGCACACAAAGCAUGGCCAUCACCAAUUGACCAACUGGGAUAGCGAAGCAGAUAGGGAAGAGGUAGAGUGCUCCGAGUGGGGAGACCAUGAUCACUAUAGUACUUCGACCAGCUCCUCUGGCAUUGAGGAAGAAGAUGAGGAGAAAGAGGGUUUGAAAUCUGAGAUUGGCUUGAAGCUGCCGAAUUUCGGGUCUGCAUCAGUGAAGAAUGAGGCUCCUGCUACUGAUAAGGUGAGUUCUUACUCAAUCAACCGUUCUGCCACUAAAUGGGAAACAGAUGGUGGAGGGUCCUCCUCGACAAGCUGGGGGGUUUGGACUGCCAAAGGGGAAAUGGUCUCUGAUACAAGAAUAGUUGUGAGGCACAAAAAUCUUUCGGAGAUUGUGGCUGCCAUUAAAGACUACUUCGACGAUGCUGCUUCUGCUGGAGAACAGGCAUCUGAGAUGUUGGAGACGGGCCGUGCACAAUUGGACAGGAGCUUUAGGCAGUUGAAGAAGACAAUUUACCAUUCAAGUGGUGUUCUUAGUAACUUGAGCUCAAGAUGGAGUUCAAAGCCUCCACUGGCAGUCAAGUACAAGUUUGAACCCAGUUCAAUCAUAGACGUUGGCGCUCCUAAGAGUCUAUGUUCCACAUUGGAGCAACUCCUGGCUUGGGAAAAGAAACUGUAUCAGGAGGUGAAGGCCAGAGAAGUAGUGAAAAUCGAGCAUGAAAAGAAGUUAGGAGCACUACAAAGUCAGGAGUACAGAGGAGGGAAUGAUGAGGGCAAAUUGGACAAGACCAAGGCAUCAAUAACAAGACUGCGAUCCUUAAUUGUUGUCACAUCUCAGGCUGUCUCCACUACCUCCUCUGCUAUUAUUGGUCUACGAGACUCCGAUCUUGUCCCACAGCUUGUGGAACUCUGUCAUGGAUUUAUGUAUAUGUGGAAAUACAUGAAUCAGUUCCACGAAGCACAGAAUGACAUUGUGCAGCAGGUCCGAGGUCUUGUAAACAACAGAGAGAACGGGCAAUCAACUUCCGAUCUGCAUAGGCAGGCAACACUUGACCUUGAGUCUGCUGUAUCUGCAUGGCAUUCAAGUUUUUGCCGGCUUAUAAAGUUCCAUCGGGAUUUUGUCUCCUCUCUCCAUGGCUGGUUUAGGCUAACCCUAGUAGCCCCUGUAAACAGUGAGCAGCCUUGUACUACUACUUACAGCAACAAUCAGACUACUACCGAGGCAUUUUCCUUCUUUGAUGAGUGGAAGCUUGCCCUUGACCGUGUCCCGGACACUGUAGCGUCAGAAGCCAUCAAAAGCUUCAUAAACAUUGUCCAUUCCAUAUUUAUGAAACAGACAGAAGAGAUCAAGAUCAAGAAGCGAACGGAAUCUGCUUCGAAAGAGCUCGAGAGAAAAGCAUCUAGUCUUAGGAGUGUCGAGAAGAGGUUUUACAAUUCAUACUCCAUGGUCAGCAUUGGUCUCCCGGAUAAUUGUGGCUCCACAUUGGAUGCAAGAGACCCAUUGGCUGAGAAAAAGGCAGAACUUGCAUCUUGCCAGCAUAGGGUGGAAGAUGAGAUGUUGAAACUCUCCAAGGAGGUGGAAGUCACCAGGGCGAUGACUCUCAAUAACAUUCAGACUGGCUUGCCAGGUGUGUUCCAAGCCAUGACAAGUUUCUCUGCCUUGUUUACACAGGCUCUUGAGGCUGUUUGCACCCGUUCCUAUUCUAUAUAGGUUGAUGCCAAUUGGUUCUCGCCAUAUUCCUUCUUCCACUUUCCCCCCUGUUUUUAUUUUUUAUUUUUGUGCCCAGUUGAGGAAAGAAGGGCUGUGUUGGCAGUUUUUGGUGGUGGGCUCAUUUUUUUUCAAUUCCCUUUGUGUUUCUUUAUUUAUGGCAUGUGGAUAUUUGAAAUUUUGCACAUUUCCACCUAAUAAUCUAUUGGUGGGGAGGAUUAUCACUGUACAGGAUAUUGUUUCCCUUGAUGUAUCACACACAUCACCUCUUGAAAGCAUUUGAAUCAAUGCUAUGGUUAGGUGGUUAUUAUUAGAUAUAUGCUGUAUCCCUGGUUUGAAAGCUCUAU